CUUCAUCCAUCUUUCCUUGGGGAGAGAAUGGAAGCAGUGGCUGUGGAUCCAGAUCAGAUGAGGAGUGGCAGUUGCUGGAUCCUGACCAGAGAGCUCUGCAUAAAGAUGUCAUGGAGGAGAAUCAUGGGAUCGUGGCCACUCUUGAUAGUGAUGGACUGGAAAUCAAGAACAAGGGUGACCAUGACAAAAUCCCCACAAUGGAGAAGCUGUACAAAUAUCUUGAAAGUGGGAAAAGUUCAAAUUCCACUUCCCAUCAAGGAAAUCUCAUUAGGAAGAAACCCUAUCAGUGCAUGGAAUGUGGAAAGAGCUUCACUGAUAGCUCCAGUUUCAAUAGGCAUCAGAGAAUUCAUACAGGGGAGAAACCCUAUCGGUGCUUUGUAUGUGGAAAGAGCUUCAGGGACAGCUCCUCUCUCACUUCCCAUCAGAGAAUUCAUACAGGAGAGAAACCUUAUCAGUGCUUUGAAUGUGGAAAGAGCUUCACUGAUAGCUCCAGUUUCACUAGGCAUCAGAGAAUUCAUACAGGGGAGAAACCCUAUCAGUGCUUUGAAUGUGGAAAGAGCUUCAGGGAGAGCUCCUCUCUCGCUUCCCAUCAAAUAAUUCAUACAGGGGAGAAACCCUAUCAGUGCAUGGAAUGUGGAAAGAGCUUCAGGGAGAGCUCCUCUCUCACUUACCAUCAAAGAAUCCAUACAGGGGAGAAACCCUAUCAGUGUGUGGAAUGUGGAAAGAGCUUCAGGAAGAGCUCCGAUCUCACUUCCCAUCAAAGAAUUCACACAGGGGAGAAACCCUAUCAGUGCAUGGAGUGUGGAAAAAGCUUCAGUCAGAGCUCCCAUCUCACUAAGCAUCAAAGAAUUCAUACAGGGGAGAAACCCUAUCAGUGUGUGGAAUGUGGAAAAAGCUUCAGUAAAAACUCCCAUCUCACUUCCCAUCAGAGAAUUCAUACAGGGGAGAAACCCUAUCAGUGUGUGGAAUGUGGAAAAAGCUUCAGUCAGAGCUCCCAUCUCACUAAGCAUGAAAGAAUGCAUACAGGUGAGAAACCCUAUCAGUGCUUGGAAUGUGGAAAAAGCUUCAGUCAGAGCUCCCAUCUCACUAAGCAUGAAAGAAUUCAUACAGGGGAGAAACCCUAUCAGUGCUUUGAAUGUGGAAAAAGCUUCACUCAUAGCUACCAUCUCACUUCCCAUCAAAGAAUUCAUACGGGGGAGAAACCCUAUCAGUGCUUGGAAUGUGGAAAAAGCUUCAGUCAGAGCUCCCAUCUCACUUCCCAUCAAAGAAUUCAUACGGGGGAGAAACCCUAUCAGUGCUUGGAAUGUGGAAAAAGCUUCAGUAAAAACUUCCAUCUCACUUCCCAUCAGAGAAUUCAUACAAGGGAGAAACCCUAUCAGUGUGUGGAAUGUGGAAAGAGCUUCAGUACAAGCUCUGAUCUCACUAAGCACCAGAGAAUUCAUACAGGAGAGAAACCAUAUCAGUGUAUGGAAUGUGGAAAGAAAUUCACUGAUAGCUCCAAUCUCACUUCCCAUCAAAGAAUCCAUACAAAGUUCGCAAAACCCUUCAUGAUACAGCUUUCAGUUCCAGUGAAAAGCUCAUCUCUUUAACCAGGCCUUUGGCUAAUUGACAUCUAAUGCCCUUUUAAAAUGUGGUGGGGUGGUGGGGGUUACGGGUUUUGGGGUGUGUGUUUUGUGUUUUCAUUGUGUGAUUUUAUGUUGUAACCGUCCUGAGACCUGUGGGUGUAGGGAAUGGGAGCCAACUCUUAGAGUCUGAGGGGUCUUUAUCCCC